AUGAACGGUUCCGAGUUAGAUCACUACGAGGAACAAGAGAGAGAAUGGAAGGCAAGAGAAGAAGCGAAGAUCGACAUAAAGGAGGAGAUCAAAAGGGCUAUGAAAGAGCUGCAGUGCAUCCCAGACGUCGCCGGACUGAGUUAUGCAGAAUUGUGUAUCCAUCCAGAUUUGAACCUUCCCGAAGGGUUCAAAAUUCCGAAGUUUGAUACCUUCGGAGGAGUAGGAAACCCCAUGGCGCAUUUGAGAGCGUACUAUGACCAGCUCGUGGGAGUUGGCAAAGAUGAGGCUUUAUUGAUGAGGCUUUUCAGCCGGAGUCUGUGCGGGGAGGCCCUCGAAUGGUUUACGUCACACGAAACCAGGCAGUGGCCCAAUUGGAGCGCAUUAGCUAAAGACUUCAUCGACCGAUUUGCGUACAAUGUUGAGAUAGUUCAUGAUCGGUAUUCUCUAGAGAAGGUGAAGCAGAAAUCGACUGAAAGCUAUCGGGAAUUUGCCUACAGAUGGAGGAAAGAAGCAGGAAGGGUGAGGACUCCAAUGACCGAAAAGGAGAUUAAUCAUUUUGUUAGUCGGAGCCAAAUUCGCCGAGAUAGUCAAAGUUGGCGAGACUAUCAAAGACGGUCUGAAGUCGGGGAAGAUAGCUCGAGUAUCCGCGUCACCUGGAUCUUCCGAAUUGAUGAGGAAGAAGAGAGAGAAGGUUGCCGCUGUUUCAUAUGGGGGAAAAAAACUCCCAGAAACUCGUCGCGUCCUCAAGAUUGCUCCAAGCCUUCACCAAAGUCUCACCAAGCCUAUUACCCACAGUCCAAUCAUCCCAACAACCACAAUACUGCCCCUACCUAUCCAAAUGCUCAAUCGAGCUACCGAGCGCCUUCCCCCACUUUUCAAGUCCAAGCUCCAACAUAUCAAAAUCCCCUCCCGAAUUACCAAGCUCCAGUGCCAAAUUACCAGACAAACCCUUACCCUAGAACCCAAGCUCCUCGUCCAAAUACCCGCAAAUAUCAACAGGUUCCUCCCCCUCAGCAAAGCGGGUAUGAUCCUUCUCGUCCCAGUGUUGGACAUGACACAGAAGACUGUAUCAAUCUUAAGCACAAUAUCCAGGAUCUGAUCGACCAGGAGGUAGUCUCCCUCCAACCGGCGGUGCCGAAUGUCAAUACAAACCCGUUGUCGAAUCAUGGGGGUGGCAACAUUAAUAUGAUUGAAAUGGACGAAGACGGGUGUGGAACAAAGAGGAUUACUCUUGUUGCGCAGGAAGACUUGGAAAGGGCUGUCGCUUCUUUAAGCGUCAAAUAA